AUGUCUUCCUCUAAUGAUGGUGAUUGUGAAAUCGGAAACACGAUGAAAAGCGCCACCACUGCCUCCACAACUACUCAUGAAAAUAUUAUGCAAGAGGGAGGUUUUACCAUUGUUUCAAAUUCCUCCUCAGGAAGAAGAUUCAAUCAGCAUCAAUCCACUCCGAAUGCUUUUUCAUCAUGGAAAAAGAAGAAAAAAUCAUCAUCACACCCAUUCAAUGCAUCACCGUCGUCUUUGAACAAUCACCAUGAUGAUUUUAUUGAAUUUCAUCCAACAAAAUUUGAAGUCUCAUUGGAACAAGUCCGAGAACCUCUUUCGGGAACUAUUUGUUCAGUGAUUGAAAAAUAUUUUCAUCCUUCAUCACCAAUUUUACAAAUCAUUUGUUAUGGAAUUGGAGACUUUAUUUCAGACAAAGUUGCAUUAUCACAAUUCAAAGUAUUGUUGGAAAUUUUAGAGUAUUUCAAAAAGAGCUACACUUCUCAUCGCUCGAAUCAAAACGAAACGUCUAGUGAAAAUAAUACUCAGAAGGACGAACAUACUUAUAGUUCCGUAAAAUGUUACAUGUAUGAUCCAGUCUUUGAAAUUAAAAUGUCUACUAGCGAAAGGGAAAAAUUAUAUCGAUAUAUUAAGGACAAGUUUGGAAUGGAAUGGAUUGAGAAAAAUGAAGAGUGCAAACGAAGAAUUGACACUCCUACUUUUGUCUAUAUGCCUCAUUGUGCCUUUUCAAUGUAUUAUAAUUUAUUGAUGGAAAAUUGUGAUAGCCUUAAUAAUUUGAUAUUACUCUCGAAUCAAUUACCCAUAAGAAAAGAAGUGUUUAAAUCAAUAUUUUCCAUGGAUGAGAAGAAAGAAAUUGAUUUGCAAGAUUUCAACAGUCUAGGAUACAAUUCAAAAAUUCAAAAAAAGAAAAAAAUAUUAGACGACUCAGAAAAGUAUUUCUUGAACUUUGUUUUUAAUAAUACUAAUAUUUAUGUUUUCAACAAACAAGAAAGACCAAUGAAAGAUGUUGAAAUUUUUUCUUUAAGUAGCAGUGAAAUUGAUCGUGUACUCAAUAGGGAGUCAGAUGUUGAGCUUGUUCACACAACUCAGAACUAA